AGUGCUAACAUCCCAUGAAGUGGCAGUGAAAAUUAUUUCUUCAUAAACAUUAUUUUUAAAUCGUUAAAAAACACGUUUAGAUCAAAGUAAUCAACUUGAUAAUUUUAUGAAUUCGUCCAUGCAGCCAGAAACGAAGGAAGCAAUUUAUAUAUACUUGAUCGCUGCUAUAGCCGUUUGGGUUACUUACAUCAUCUGGCACAAUCGCCGCUUACCACCAGGACCAUGGGGUAUUCCUAUCUUCGGCUACUUAUUGUGGCUCGACCCAAAAAGCCCUUACUUAACCUUGACUAACUUGGCCAAAAAGUACGGCUCAGUGUAUGGGUUGAAGCUGGGAAACGUCUACACUGUCGUUUUGACAGAUCCCAAAGUUAUAAAAACGGUGUUUUCAAAGGAUGCAACGACGGGGAGAGCUCCUCUGUAUUUGACGCAUGGAAUUAUGAAUGGAUAUGGAUUGAUAUGUUCGGAAGGAGAUCUAUGGAAAGAGCAUCGCAGAUUUACCUUCAACACUCUGAGACAAUUUGGAGGUACCAAAGUUGGAGGUACUCAGCGAAAGAAAAUGGAGACUCUCAUUCUACUACAUGCGUUAGACUUCGUUAAGCAUAUUGAUCUUGAUAUAGACAGCGAAAUCGACAUCGUUCCUAGUUUACGUCAUAGUUUAGGCUCAGUCAUCAAUAUGAUUGUGUUUGGAACUUCUUGGUCUAGGGACAACGAACUCUGGAUAUGGCUUCAAAAUCUCCAAGAAGAAGGUCCUAAACAUUUGGGAGUAGCAGGUCCAAUGAAUUUUCUUCCAUUUUUCAGAUUUUUUCCAAAAUACCGUAACAUUAUAUCUUUCAUAAAGACAAAUCUACACAAAACUCACGAGGUCUAUCACGAAUUGAUAGACCAACAAAUAAAAUUAUUACAGACCACUGCAGGCACCACAUCAUUAGAUAAUGUAGAUACGAGCACUGGGCAAAACUUUAUCCAAUGUUUUGUGUUAGAGAAGCUAAAGAAAACCGAUGAAAAUGUUAGACAGUUGUAUAACGAUACGCAAUUUGUUUAUUUGUUGGCAGAUAUAUUUGGAGCGUCGCUGGAUACUACAUUGACCAGCCUGAGGUGGUAUUUUCUAUUCAUGGCAAAAAAUCAAACUAUUCAAACAGAAGUCAGGAAAGAGCUUGAAGAGGUCCUUCAAAGACGUCCGGCAUCGAUGGAAGAUAUAAAUCAGCUACCACUCUUUGAAGCAUCAGUUUUAGAAACAAUGAGAAUCAGACCUGUAGUCCCGAUAGGCAUACCACAUGGUUCCGUAGAAGAAAUGGAAAUUGAAGGCUACAGGAUUCCAAAAGGAACUAUGAUUGUGAUGCUACAGUGGGCGUUACACAUGGACGAGAAGGUUUGGGAAAACCCGAACGAGUUUAAUCCACGAAGGUUUAUUAACUCUGAGGGAAAAGUUGAAAAGUCAGAAUAUUUUGUACCGUUUCAAGUAGGUAAACGGAUGUGUGUAGGAGAAGAAUUGGCACGAAUGUUUUUGUUUUUAUUUACCUCUACAAUACUCCAAAACUUUUCGUUUAGCUUAAGAGACGAAAACUUCGAUACAUGGGGAGAAUGCGGCAUCACACUAACACCUUACGAUUAUAAAUUAAUUGUAGAAAAAAUUAAGUAAUUUCAGUAAUAAAACUUUUUUACUUUUUUAAA